AGGAAAUGUGAGGAUGUGUGAGGCAAAGUUGGUGGUAUUGUUGAUUUGUGGAGGCAGAGAGUGCAUAAAGGUUGGGUAAAAAGCUUUUUCCGCAUGUAUGAUUUGUUGAUGCUUUAUCCACCUCAAUCCUGACUUCAUGUUGGACACCAACUGCACUUGCAAUCGCUCUUCCCUCUUCUUCGAAUUUUGGCUCCAUAUAGGAAUGAACAAGAUCUUCCUCUUUCUUGAUGUUCAUUUC